CAAACAAUGGCGUCGUUUUCUUUCAUAGCAGCAGUCAUUUUGACAUUGACAGAUCAAGAAACAAGCUUUUAAUUUCUGGAAACUUAUUUGCGUUUUUCUAGAAAAUGAACGACAACGAUGAUGAGCUGACCACAUUUUGUGACUCGGCGGCAUCUCUUGUCGAAGGAUGUCGCCUGCCAGUACGGAUGCAAGGAGGCGAUGACUGGCCACUAGCUGAAAUUAUUAGUAUAAAAGAAAUACGUGGACAAAGAGGAUAUUAUGUGCACUAUGUUGAUUUCAAUAAGCGUCUGGACGAGUGGGUGGGAGAAUCAUGGCUGGACACCAGAAAGGUACAGUUUCCAAGAAGAGAUGGAGUUUCAACGGGAGGAACAACCACACCGAAGAAGACACAUAUCGGAUCAGGAGGUGGCGUCAUGCCUAAUUUUAUUAAUGAUACUGUCUGCAAUGAAAGUCAGAAGUCUAGUACGAUUCCGAGUAGGCCCACUAUUGUGAACCAACAAGUUCAGCCAACUCAGCCACCCCAACCUAAAGUUCAUGAGAAAGCCCACUUUAAUGCACUCAAUGGUUCCACACCAAAAAAUUCACUUGGUUACCUCAAACCUCUGAACGUGAACGUUCAGGACUUGCGAACAGGCAAGGGUGGUGUGGAUAAGGGCAGAGGCGUGACCACAGGUGUUAUUGCCGGGGAGCCCCGUCAACUAGUAUCCCGUCCCGCAAGCCCGACCCUCGGCAAUGAUUCGUCAUCUCUCGUCAACGGAGGCGCGGUGCUGGCUGCCGCCUUGCAGAAGAAAAUGAAUAGGAAACGGAAAGCACCCUCUAUAGACAAUGAAAACAAUUCAUUACAGGAACCCAAGCAAAAACAUUCUAAAACGUUUCAGGCGGAAGGUAUUCCGUCUCUUGAAACCGAAGGCAGUGAGACCAAUGUUAGUGGAACGGCGACGCCAACGACCAGGCCGCGACAGUCGGGGAGCAUGGUGGCACAUGGCCAUGAUGACCUCGUCACUAGAAUGAAGAAUAUAGAAAUGAUAGAACUGGGAAGGAAUAGGAUACGACCUUGGUAUUUUGCGCCUUAUCCACAGGAAAUGGUCAAUCUACCGUGUAUUUACAUUUGUGAAUUCUGUUUGAAAUACAGAAAAAGUAAAAAGUGCCUAGAAAGACAUUUGAUCAAAUGCAAACUAAAACACCCUCCUGGUAAUGAGAUAUACAGAAAAGGAAGCAUAUCGUUCUUCGAGAUAGACGGACGGAAAAACAAAUGUUACGCACAAAACUUGUGCCUACUAGCCAAACUGUUCUUAGACCACAAAACUUUGUACUACGAUACUGACCCUUUUUUGUUUUAUGUUAUGACCGAAUUUGAUGCCAGAGGAUUUCACAUAGUAGGAUACUUUUCGAAAGAGAAAGAGAGUACGGAAGACUACAACGUAGCAUGUAUAUUGACACUACCUCCAUACCAAAGAAAAGGAUAUGGAAAACUUCUUAUAGAAUUUAGUUACGAAUUAUCAAAGUUUGAAGGCAAAACAGGGUCACCGGAGAAACCCCUAUCUGACCUUGGACUUCUGUCGUACCGGAGUUACUGGGCACAGACUAUAUUGGACAUACUUACGCACAUUAAACCCGUAGGAGACAAUGAGAAACCUAUUAUUACUAUCAACGAAAUCUGCGAGCUAACCAGCAUAAAGAAAGAGGACGUGAUCAGCACACUGCAGAACCUUAACUUAAUCAACUACUACAAAGGACAAUACAUCAUAUCGGUUAAUGAGCAACACGAAAAGGCUAUGGAAAAGAGGAAUUUGCGAAUCGACCCCAAGUGCUUGCAUUGGACGCCCAAAGAUUGGUCGAAACGCGCGAAAUGCGUUUGAAGGCAUAGAGUAACGAAGAUGCGAGCUAUCUAACUCUGGCUUCUGAAACGUAGUGGCCAGUGUUGUUCGCUGCAUCAAGACCUACGUACAAUGGCAACGCUUCGUUAUACUACGUAUGUCCUCUGUAGUUAUCUUAUAAAUUAAUCAUUCGGCAUUUCUCAAAAAGUGUAUGUUUUAGAAUAAAUUGUAUGAUUAGUGUAGUACAAAUGUAUUGAAGUAUUGUAUUCUACCUCGUUCGUAGUGUAGUAGUAAGCCUUUCAUUUAGCGAAUUGUACUUUUUUCCUAAUGACGCUUCUAGCAAUCAUUUUCGUUUCUAGACGCUUCAGGAUAGGUCUCAAUAGAUUAAGGAUCUAAAAACCUUUUGUCUUUGUUUUAACAAAGUUUCGAUCUCAUGCCGUUGUAGUAAAAUAUUUCGAUCGGCCAAAACUUCUGAACUGAUUAUAUUUCAUUCAGAAGUCUAAACUAUUUUCUACUACCACGACUUUUCUACCAUUAUAGCUUGGCAACAAAACUAAUCAUUUAAAAAGUUGCGUUGCAGUCAAACUUCAGGCAUCUAAUUUCUUUUGCUCUUUAAGUUAUCAAAAAAAAAUCUUCAAAUCAAAUAUUACAUGGGGCACAUCUUACAUCAUUCCCAAAUAAUGUCUCAAUAUGAACUGAUAAUAAUUCGCUAUUAUUAUGGUAGUUUCAGACAUCGUUUGAAAAAAUAUCUUGUAAAACGGUUUGAGAACUUUAAAAAGAAAAUUACAAAGCUUAAUUUUUCACCCGCAUGAGGGUACACUUUUUGAGAUCUGCAAUAGAUAAAUAUUUUCUAGUCUCUGUUAAGACCGGUUCAUGUCAAUGAAAUAAAACUGUGAGAUUGUGUGGUAUGAUUGAAAUAUUGUUCAAAAUGCUCGCUACAAUAGCCAAGUAAGAUAUUCAAUACAUUUCGAAAUGUAAGCUUUAUUGUGAUAUUAAAUAAUAUCAUUGUUUUA